CUCAUUAUUUUACUAAAACUAUCUUAUUCUGAAACUCUGAUAUAGAAAGUGAGAGUUAGCUGGUGUUUGUUUUUUUUGGGUUUGAGAGGGAGAGAGUUAGCUGGUUGAAGUAAUGACAGUGAGGCAUUUCCGCCAUUGUAGUGCAGAGUUGGAGUAUAUUUAAGAUUAUUGCCUGUUUUGACAGUUGAUUUUCUGGGUCUUCUGUGUAACUGAAUUUUCCUUCUUUCUUUUUUUGGUUCCUUUUUCUGUUUUUAACAAAAUUGUAAUUGUAUUAACUCUUAAGAGUGAUUUGUGACCAUGUUCAGCUCCUGAUUUGUCUAUGAUAUUCAAUUACAAUAACAACUGAGAGUCAACACCUGGAUUCAGUAAACAAUGGGAUGCUUAUUUAUAGUCAAAUCAUUCUCCAAUGUUUUACCAGUGAACUCCGCUGUGCAUUUUUGAAACUUUUUUAGAAAGAACCUGUGAGCUUUUAAGCAGAUUCUGAAAAUCAAAAAUAUUUCACCGAAUGGUAAUAUAUUUGUGUGAGUUUAAAGCAAGGGUUGAGCUUGAUGGGCUUACUUGACAAGUACCCCACAUGGUGUUUCGGCUAUUACAGCUGCAGAUAGGCAGAUACCUUCCCUCAUAAUGUGGCUUUCCCGUGCUCUGUGUUUUCUUGAGUGCCUUUGAGAUACUACAAAGAACCAACCUCCCACACUUCUCUUUUUUGGCUUUUCUUGGCUGCAUUCUGUGUAGAAUGGAGAGCCUUGAAAAGGGUUCUUCACUUCCUUGAGUUUUCAUUGGUAAAGUUGAGUUUUUUAUGGUUGGUCCUGAAAUGGGUUUUGCUCAUUUCUCUGUCUUCAGAUCUAGGUUUUAGAGUUUUUCUUGGUUUUUGUAAAAUUUGGGACUUUGGGUUCUUAUAUUCUUCAUAGUUUUUCAACAACAAAAAAUUUGUGUGUUAUUGUGUGUGAGAAAAUGGCUCCAAGAUUGGAAUUUUCCAAUUUCUGGGCAAAAGACACCACUAAGGGAACACCAGUGGUUGUGACAAUGGAGAACCCCAAUUUCUCUGUUGUGGAGAUUGAUGGUCCUGAUGCUGCAUUCAGGCCUGUUGAUAAGAGCAGGGGUAAAAAUGCCAAGCAAGUCACAUGGGUCCUGCUUCUUAAGGCUCAUCGUGCUGUCAGUUGCAUUUCUUGGCUUGCCACAAUCUUCUGGGCAUUGCUUGGUACCAUUAAGAAGAGGUUAAUCUAUAGGGAAGGUGUAGCUAUGGAGAGUGGGAAGUUGGGAAAGCAGAAGUUACUGUUUACAGUCAUAAGAGUCUUCUUAGUGACUUCCCUUGCAAUUCUGGCUUUUGAGGUUGUUGCAUAUUUCAAAGGUUGGCAUUAUUUUAGGAACCCAAGUUUGCACAUCCCUGGAACUUCUGAUAUACAAAGCUUGCUCCACAUGGUUUAUGUUGCCUGGUUAACGUUUCGGGCUGAUUACAUUGCACCUGCAAUUCAAGCACUUUCUAAAUUUUGUGUCGUCCUUUUCCUUAUCCAAUCCAUAGACCGUAUGAUACUUAGCUUUGGUUGCUUGUGGAUAAAGUUCAAGAAAAUUAAGCCCAGGAUAGAUUGGGAUUCUUUGAAGUCAGACGACGUUGAGAAAUUUGGAUAUGAGUACCCCAUGGUUCUUAUUCAAAUUCCAAUGUGCAAUGAGAAAGAGGUAUAUGAGCAGUCUAUCUCUGCAGUCUGCCAGAUUGAUUGGCCAAAGGAACGUCUUUUGAUUCAAGUUCUUGAUGAUUCUGAUGAUGAGAGCAUCCAGUGGUUAAUAAAGACAGAGGUUGCUAAUUGGAGCCAAAGGGGUAUCAACAUAAUCUAUCGGCAUCGCGUUGUUAGAACUGGUUACAAAGCCGGAAAUCUCAAGUCUGCAAUGAGCUGUGAUUAUGUGAAGGACUAUGAAUUUGUUGCAAUCUUUGAUGCAGAUUUCCAACCUAAUCCAGAUUUUCUUAAGCAAACAGUGCCACAUUUCAAGGACAACCCCGAACUAGGUUUAGUUCAGGCUAGAUGGGCCUUUGUGAACAAGGAUGAGAACUUGUUGACUCGUCUCCAAAAUGUUAAUUUGUGCUUCCACUUUGAGGUGGAACAACAGGUUAAUGGGGUGUUUCUUAAUUUCUUUGGUUUCAAUGGAACUGCUGGUGUCUGGAGAAUUAAAGCCCUUGAGGAGUCUGGAGGAUGGCUAGAAAGGACUACUGUAGAGGAUAUGGACAUAGCUGUCCGGGCCCAUCUCAAUGGUUGGAAAUUCAUCUACCUUAACGAUGUUAAGGUACUAUGUGAAGUGCCCGAGUCCUAUGAAGCUUAUAGGAAGCAGCAGCAUCGUUGGCAUUCUGGUCCUAUGCAGCUAUUUAGAUUGUGCCUUCCAGCUAUUAUAACUUCUAAGAUAACAGCUUGGAAGAAAGCAAACUUGAUACUAUUAUUCUUUCUAUUGAGGAAACUCAUCCUUCCAUUCUAUUCCUUCACCUUGUUCUGCAUAAUUCUUCCACUGACCAUGUUUGUCCCAGAGGCAGAGCUUCCUGCGUGGGUCAUCUGUUACGUGCCUGUUUUCAUGUCAUUUCUCAACAUUCUUCCAUCCCCCAAAUCAUUCCCUUUCAUUGUUCCUUACCUGCUUUUUGAGAACACUAUGUCGGUAACAAAAUUCAACGCAAUGGUCUCUGGAUUGUUCCAGUUGGGUAGCUCUUAUGAGUGGGUUAUCACCAAGAAGACUGGCAGGUCAUCAGAAUCUGACUUACUGGCAGCUGCUGAAAGGGAAUCAAAGAUGGUAAACCAAUUGCAGGUCCACAGAGGAGCUUCUGAGAGUGAGCUUACUGAGUUGAACCGAAUUAUGGAGCAGAAAGAAGUAGCUCCUAAGCCGAUUAAGAAAGCUAACAAGAUAUAUAGGAAAGAGCUUGCUCUAGCAUUCCUCCUGCUCACAGCUUCUCUCAGGAGUCUGUUAUCUGCUCAAGGAGUACACUUCUACUUCCUGCUCUUCCAAGGUGUGACCUUCCUUCUUGUAGGACUUGAUCUCAUUGGGGAGCAAAUGAGCUGAUAAUUCAUGGGUGCAAGAAAAAAAAGGAGAAAAAGCAAACACCUAUAUACACAUUGAGGAAUUUCAACCCCUUUGCCUUGGGAAUGUGCAGCACAGAGUUACCCUUUGGUUCAAUAGCAUGAAUCAUUUACAUACAGUGAGAAUGAAGUACAAGAUAGGAACUUUGUUUGUCAAGCACUCCCCAUACCACAUUUCCAAAUGUUCUUUCCUCAAUUUUUUAUUUUUUAUUUUUAUUUACCACAGGUAUUGAAUUGUUCUUGUUCACCGUACAGAAUAUUGGGUUGUCAUUGAUUAUUGUGUUUUAGAAUCCAAGAAGGUGGAUUGGAGUCUAAGGAUGAUGAGUUUGCCUGAUGCUUUUGGUUUGUAGAUUCCUUCUUGGUAGCUAGUGAGACAUGCAAAGCAAGAAUCAUUUGUAAUUAAAUUAUCUGAAAAUAAUAAUUCCUUUAUGUA